GCCCGGAGGGAUAGUGUGUGGUCUGGGUGUUGGGACCGUGUGGCGGCGGCACCAGCCGGGAAGAUGCCAGUGGCAGUGAUGGCGGAAGGUGCUUUUAGUUUCAAAAAGUUGCUGGAUCAGUGUGAGAACCAGGAGCUCGAGGCUCCUGGAGGAAUUGCUACACCCCCAGUGUAUGGUCAGCUUCUAGCUUUAUAUCUGCUCCAUAAUGACAUGAAUAAUGCAAGAUAUCUUUGGAAAAGAAUACCACCUGCUAUAAAAUCUGCAAAUUCUGAACUUGGAGGAAUUUGGUCAGUGGGACAAAGAAUCUGGCAGAGAGAUUUCCCUGGGAUCUAUACAACCAUCAACGCACACCAGUGGUCUGAGACGGUCCAGCCAAUCAUGGAAGCCCUUAGAGAUGCGACACGGAGGCGAGCCUUCACCCUGGUCUCUCAAGCCUAUACCUCGAUCAUUGCCGAUGAUUUUGCAGCCUUUGUCGGACUUCCUGUGGAGGAGGCUGUGAAAGGUAUAUUAGAGCAAGGAUGGCAAGCGGACUCCACCACAAGAAUGGUUAUGCCCAAAAAGCCAGUUGCAGGGGCCCUGGAUGUUUCCUUUAACAGGUUUAUUCCCUUGUCAGAGCCUGCCCCAGUUCCACCAAUCCCCAAUGAACAGCAGUUAGCCAGACUGACCGAUUACGUGGCUUUCCUUGAAAACUGAUUUGUUAUUCUGAGUUCAAGAUCCACCUUCAGAAUCCUCUAUACUGACGAAUACAGAAAUGUAAAAUUCUUAUUUUCAAUUUAUUGGAUGAAGUACCUCAGCAUUCCUUAGUAUGUGAUAAAAUACUUAUAUAAUAUAAAGUAUAUUAUAUAUAUUUUGUCCUUAAACAUGAUGCUGAAGAGUUGUUGAAACAGUUCUCAUUUUGUAACAUUUGACAAUUUGGAGCCCGUCAGUAUUACGCAGUUUAUGUUUCCCAGUGAUUCCUAAAUUAGAGCUCUCCUGCUUCAUGUGGAGCGGUGGCCGUCAGCUGGCUCUCCUGCCCCGAGACCCGGCGCGCUCCCGUCUGUACCCCUGAGCGGUAGUUGUAGUGAUGCAUCUGGGGUUUGAGGAUGUCCCCAAGGGCGGCAUCUGAGUUGCUGGGGAUUCUGCUGCUUCCUCUUUGGAGAAUAUGCUCUCUUUUCUCCUCAGCUCCUAGGAAUCACUAAUACAGAAUGCUGAAAUACAGCUGAGGAACAAAAGACAAUUUCCUAGUAAACCAGUGUGUUAACCGUAGAUUUUUUUCCGAUAGUGUGAGUACAUCCAUUGCUGGCAGUGGAGGGCUUGCCAUGAAAAUGCGAUUUAUUUAAGACAUUCAUGAGGAGUAUUAAGUUGUAAUAGUUCCUUUCAGAAGAAGGGAAACGUAAGUGUGGAAUGCAUUAUAUUGGGAAGGAAGCGAUUAAGAUAAGAGAUACACUUCUUCGUACAGCUGUCCUGCAGCCCAUUGGUUGCCUAUAUUUAUCCCUUGGUUCAAGUUCUGCCUUUUGGAGAAAUACUGAAUAAGUCUCUCAUUUUUUGUGUGACAGCCCUCUGAGUAUUUGAAGUUGUUUAUUGUAUCUUCAGGUUAAAACACCCUCUAGUUCAUUUAUUCUGCAUUUGUUCAAUAAAUAUUUAAUUGACUUCUUCAA